CAUUUGAAUGACAUUCAGACCCAUGCUGAAGGACGCAGCUUUUACCUGGUGUCUGCUAUUCUUCUGCUGGCUAGAGGAUCAGUUUCCUGCACCGUGAAUCCAACUGUGCCAAGCCUAGGCUCCCGCGGAACCAAUCCUGAGCGCGACCCGGGCACUGGGACGCGGACUCUGCCGAGGCUGGGCAAGGCAGCGGGACCGGUCCGCGCCCGAGCAUGGAGGUGAAGCGCCAGGGAGGGCAUGUCCGGGACGCCGGAGACGCCAGGCCCGAGUAGCUCCUCCAUGGAGCCUUCGCAGAGCGGUCCUUGCCUGCCGGAUUCGCCGCCAGUCCUGUGCGGCUGCUGAGAGCGCUCCUUGCUCUGUAAAGUGGAUGUCAGGUGGAUCUAUGUUUUUGAAGGAACAAAGACUCAGCGAAGGCACCGCCGAGGAAGUUUGAGACGCGGGAGGAUGCAGGCUACGUGCUGGUACGUGCUUCUCCUCUUGCAGCCCACCGUCUACUUGGUCACAUGUGCCAAUUUAACAAACGGUGGAAAGUCAGAACUUCUAAAAUCAGGAAGCAGCAAAUCCACACUAAAGCAUAUAUGGACAGAAGGCAGCAAAGACUUGUCUAUCAGCCGACUCCUGUCACAGACUUUUCGUGGCAAAGAAAAUGAUACAGAUUUAGACCUGCGAUAUGACACCCCAGAACCUUAUUCUGAGCAAGACCUCUGGGACUGGCUGAGGAACUCCACAGACCUUCAAGAGCCUCGGCCCAGGGCCAAGCGAAGGCCCAUUGUUAAGACGGGCAAGUUUAAGAAAAUGUUUGGAUGGGGUGAUUUUCAUUCCAACAUCAAAACAGUGAAGCUAAACCUAUUGAUAACUGGGAAAAUUGUAGAUCAUGGCAAUGGGACGUUUAGUGUUUAUUUCAGGCAUAAUUCCACUGGUCAAGGGAAUGUAUCUGUCAGCUUGGUGCCCCCUACGAAAAUAGUGGAAUUCGACUUGGCACAGCAAACCGUGAUUGAUGCCAAAGAUUCCAAGUCCUUUAACUGUCGCAUUGAAUAUGAAAAGGUUGACAAGGCUACCAAGAACACACUCUGCAACUAUGACCCUUCAAAAACCUGUUACCAGGAGCAGACCCAAAGUCAUGUGUCCUGGCUCUGCUCCAAGCCCUUUAAGGUGAUCUGUAUUUACAUUUCCUUUUAUAGUACAGAUUAUAAACUCGUACAGAAAGUGUGCCCCGACUACAACUACCACAGCGACACACCUUACUUCCCCUCUGGAUGAGGAUGAAUGUAGGGGUGAGACUGAAGCCUGAGGAAUUCAAGGUCACAUGAGAGGGCUGUUACCUCAAGAAGAAGGUCCCAUCUGUUGCCUGGAAUGUGUCUACACUGCCGCUCUCGUCAACUGGCUGCAAAUACGCUCGUGGAAAACAAUCUGAUGUAAUUUCUGCCCAGUCAGCUUCAUCUCUCAGUAUAGUUGUAAAUCACCACAGAUUCUAAAGCCACACUUGAAGACAUGCUCUCACACACAGAUGUACACAGACACACUCUCAUAUACAUUUCAGCUGGCAUCCGUCAUGAUUCCUGUCAAGAGGGCUUUCGUUGUCUGACUCAUAAUGGUUCAGGAUAAACGAUCAUCAAGCAAAAGGAUUAACUAGACAGUGAAUGGUUUUUAGCACUUGCUGUUAUGGAAAUCUCCUUUUAAGUCUUGAGUACAUGCUAAUCAAUAAUCCCCACUCAUGCAUUUCUACUGCUUGGAGUAGCUGUACUGGUAAAUACUACUGUAGGAGUAUAUGCUUGUUAAAAUGGAAAAAAAAAUGUGUCUUUAGAGCUCAGUAUUCUUUAUUUUAUGAACACAACAAGUAUAGUAACUUUUUCCAGCAUUCAGUAGGCACAUUCAAGGUGAUACAAGAUGGCUCUUUUUUCUGUGGAGGGAGCCUGUUCUCAGUAAAGAUGAGCAAACAUUUGGAAUUUACAUGUGGGCAGACACUGGAUUACAGCUUUCAUCACCAAUCAUUGGACUUUUUCAAAGUCGAGACCAGCUAAGGUUGCUUAAAAUAAGUUCUGAUCAUUAUAUAAGAAGGGAAAUGCCUGACAGACACCAUGUAAGUUAUAAGUGUCUGUCUUAUCUUUACUACACAUAUUGUAACAAAUUCAAUAUCCUAGUCUUCAUUUGUAUGAAUGGUUUGUAUUGUACAUAGUUUAACCAAGUGUUAUUUGAGCUGCUUAUUAAUAUUAACUAUGUACUUGUCUCUCUGCUUGUUAUUGGUUAAAAAAGAAAAAAAAAAAAGGAUAUGAGGAAUCCAUUCUAUCAAUGUAGCUGUGAACCCCAUUAAAAAGACAAACUUAAUGUACAAAGCAUUUAUUCAGCUCAAGUAUUGUU